GCUUUUAGCUACAAGAGAGGAGGAAGCUGCGUGCGGCGUGCGGCGUGCCUCGCUUCACCGGACUCGACUCGACGUCGUCGAGCAAAAAAGCAGGGUGGUUUGGAAUCAAAAUCCGUAGGGCGAGCGGCCGCGGGGGGAGCCCACGGCAUCCCUAUCUUCCUCCUGCUCGCGUGGUUGGCUGGCUGGUUCGCCCUCUCCGCCAGAGGGAGACCUCUCCCCCCACCUUGGGCCGUUUUGCCUUGUCGUGGCGCUCUCGUACGCGGCCAGCGGGGAAGUUACCGCCCGGCCUCGUUCCGUACGGGCGGUUGAUAGCGAGUUAGUGAGAGGCGCGACAGGCGUGGGGGCGAGCGAGGUAGCUUUGGUUUAGGCGAGGUGGUUUUGAGGGAAGGUGCUAGAAGUAGAAGGAGGGGGGCGAGGAGGAGUGUGGACUGCGCCUUGGCCUCGCUUUGCUUUGUGGGUGCCUCGCUUUGCUUGGUCUGGUUGGUUGGUUGGCCUCCCGCUCGCUACGGGCCAAGCCGACGGACAAAUCUUGGUCUUGGGCGCGCCGCCGCGGAAGGAUUCGGCUCCGAGGACCGAUUCCUUGUUCCCUCUCGCGACGAUUCGACGAGGUUUGCUGCCAUGGCGGCGGCAGGCGUGACGCAUUGAGGCGGCGCGUGCGGGGCCGGGGCCGGGCACAUGGAUCUGGAAGCCGCGGGCGGCGCGGCGGCGGCGCACGGGAAGAGGUGGCGUGGGGAGUCAUGGCGCGCGACGCUGCUGCUCGCGUACCAGAGCCUCGGGGUGGUGUACGGCGACGUGGCCACGUCGCCGCUCUACGUCUACAAGAGCGCCUUCGCCGGCGACGACAUCCAGCACUCGGCGGGCAACGAGGAGAUCUACGGCGUCCUCUCUUUCGUCUUCUGGACGCUGACCCUCAUCACCCUUGUCAAGUACGUGCUCAUCGUGCUCCGCGCGGACGACGGCGGGGAGGGCGGCACCUUCGCGCUCUACUCCCUCAUCUGCCGCCAUGUCCGCGCUGGCCUGCUGCCCGGUGGCGGCACCAGAGAUGAGCUCAUGGAGGAAGACAAGGUCACGGGGCGUCGCGGCGAGCGGCCCGUGUCAAGGGUCAGGGCGGUGUUGGAGAAGUACAGGGUGCUGCAGAGGCUGUUGCUGCUGUUCGCGCUGCUGGGGACCUGUAUGGUCAUCGGCGACGGCGUGCUCACCCCUGCAGUCUCCGUGUUUUCUGCGGUAUCUGGGCUCGAGUUGUCGAUGGAAAAGGAGCAGCACAAAUAUAUAGAACUUCCUGUGGCUUGUGCCAUACUUAUAUGCUUAUUUGCACUGCAACACUAUGGGACACACAAAGUUGGGUUUCUUUUUGCACCAAUAGUAUGCAUUUGGCUUCUCUGCAUAAGUGCAAUAGGUCUCUACAAUAUCAUCCAUUGGGACCACCAUGUCUAUCGAGCCCUCUCGCCAUACUACAUGUACCAAUUCCUCAAGAAGACUCAGACUGGUGGCUGGAUGUCACUGGGUGGAAUCCUUCUAUGUGUAACAGGCUCUGAAGCCAUGUAUGCAGAUCUUGGACACUUCUCACAAUCGUCAAUUCAGAUUGCAUUCAUAUCUGUGGUCUAUCCUGCUCUUGUACUGGCUUAUAUGGGACAGGCUGCUUUUAUUUCACAACAUCACAACUUUGAGAGUAGUUAUCAUAUUGGAUUUUAUGUGUCAGUACCAGAAUCACUCAGAUGGCCUGUUCUGGUGAUUGCAAUACUUGCUGCUGUAGUUGGAAGUCAAGCAAUUAUUACGGGAACCUUUUCCAUAAUCAAGCAGUGCUCUUCAUUAAGUUGUUUUCCUGGAGUGAAGCUUGUGCAUACAUCCUCUACAGUGCACGGUCAGAUAUACAUACCAGAAAUCAAUUGGAUGCUGAUGGUACUGUGCCUGGCUGUUACUAUUGGCUUCAGAGACACAAAGCACUUGGCAAAUGCACAAGGGUUGGCGGUAAUAACGGUUAUGCUUGUCACCACAUGCUUAAUGUCACUCGUUAUUGUGCUUUGCUGGAACAAGAGUAUCUUCCUUGCCAUUGGUUUCCUGCUUUUCUUUGGCACAAUUGAAGUACUCUACUUCUCAGCUUCUCUUGUCAAGUUUCAUGAAGGUGCUUGGGUCCCUAUUACUCUUUCUUUCAUAUUUAUGGUAGUCAUGUGUGUCUGGCACUAUGGCACAAUAAAGAAGUACGAGUUCGAUGUCCAAAACAAGGUAUCAGUAAACUGGCUCUUAAACCUUGGUCCUUCACUGGGCAUUGUCCGCGUUCGAGGCAUUGGGCUAAUACAUACAGAACUAAUGUCUGGAAUUCCAGCCAUUUUCUCCCACUUUGUCACCAAUCUGCCUGCAUUUCACCAGGUGCUGGUCUUUCUUUGUGUUAAAUCAGUUCCAGUGCCACACGUGCAACCUGAAGACCGAUUUCUCGUGGGUCGCAUUGGUCCAAAAGAGUACAGGCUGUACAGGGUUAUUGUCAGGUAUGGGUAUCGUGAUGUGCAGAAGGAUGACCUAGAGUUUGAGAAGGAGCUAGUCAGCAACAUUGCAGAGUUCAUCCGCAGCUCCGGGGAAUGUGACAAGAAUGGUUUUGUGGAGGAUACAGAUAGGCCCUCUGAUAAAUUGUCUCCAGUUAGCACUGGAAUUCCACUGUGGGAAGAGGAUGGGGACCUUGAUGCAUCAGCAUCUCCUCACAAGGAUAUAGACGCACAGAACAUAGCACCCAAGCGAAAGAAAGCAAGGUUCAUGAUACCAAAGAGCGCCCAGGUGGACAGUGAGGUGCGCCGCGAGCUGCAGGAGCUCAUGGACGCAAGGGAGGCAGGCAUGUCCUUCAUCCUGGGGCACUCGUACAUGAAGGCGAAGAGUGGAUCAAGUUUCAUAAAGCGAAUUGUGAUAAACUUCUACGAGUUCUUGAGAAAGAACAGUCGCAGCCCUUCGUACGCCGCAAACAUACCUCAUGCUUCCACCCUAGAGGUAGGAAUGGUCUACCAGGUCUGAUAGCACCAGCAGCUGUAUAAAAGGUUGAGAUGAGACAGUGUUCUGCCACCCCGCCUGUACAUACCACCUUGUCGCCUAUACGCUAAGGCGUUGACACAGUGACAGAAGUAGUGACCCUGGAGCACAGCACGGGCUAACAACACACCUGCAGACCUUUGGAGAGCCCAACCGGGAUUUUUGUCCGUAAAGCCUUCUGUUGUGCUGUUCCUUGUUUUUUUUAAAAAAAAUUUGUGAUGUGUUUGCUGCUGCUCUUGACUUGUUGAGGUACUUGUGAAGAUGUAAUUGUAAGUCUGUAAGACUGACUAGCAAAAUAGCAUUUUUGAUGUUCAGCGACUUCUGUAGUUGUCACUUUUUUUAGCUUUUUUUAGGAGCUGUAGUUCUGUCACUUCUCUGUACUUCCAGUGUAUAGUUUUAGCAUUACAGCAAGUAACACAACAUUCAGUUGUUUAA